GUAAGUUCAGUGGUUUGUAGUCUGUUAGACCGACAGAGCUGCUGGAGGAGCUGCUGCUGCUGUGUCGACAGGGAGGAAGACAUUUGGAUAUACCUUUCAGACUGCAGCGGGAAAGCAGGGAGUGCGUAGGUGGAUCCUGCACAUGUAGUAGAUGGUCGACACACGUCUUCUGAAAGCUACACCGCAAAAAUGCCGGAGUCCUCGCUGGUCAAGGACGCUGGCACUGGCUCCGUUGAAUGUAGAGCAACCCCCUUGAGGCAGUUUAGCCAAUCAUCGCUGACACUGCACAGAAGCUCCCACAUGCUCAAUUCCUUCUGCACAGAGCACAACGUGCAAGAAUGUCUAUCACACAUCAAUCAGGAGGUGUCAUCUCUUGGCCUGCCUCCAGUUUGGGCAGAGUCGACUGGCAGCACAGAGAUGAAUGUUGUGACUGUGCUAAAUUGCAUGUAUGACCUGAUUCAGCUGCAUCGCAGGGGCCUCCGAACUCUGGAAAACAUGGAAGUAGAGCAGCUGAAGUCGAGCAGCAAUGUGGACUACCUGCAGCUCACCAGCACUCGACUAAAAGAGCAGCUUGAACAAUCCAAAAGAGAAAACACAGCAAUCCUUGAAAGAGAAAGACAGCUGCAGCUGAAAAUGAAGAGUUUACAAAACUGCCUGAAAUCUGAAAAAGAAGAGGUACAAAAACUCCAGAACAUAAUUGCCAGCCGUGCCAGUCAGUACAAUCAUGAGAUGAAGAGGAAAGAAAGAGAGUUCAACAAACUGAAAGAGCGCUUGAAUCAACUUCUGGUGGACAAAAAGGAAAAGAAACAAGCCAUCGAUGUUCUAAACAACAUAGGAAGAGCUGAUGGGAAGAGAAGCCUCUGGAAGACUGAGAAGACAGAAGCUAAGCAUGAAGGAGAGAUGUAUAAGACUUUGCUGAGUGACUAUGACACUCGACAAAAGGAGCUCCUUCUGGAAAAUGCAGAGUUAAACAAAGUUCUGCAGCAGAUGAAAAAAGACAUGGUGACAAUUCUCAGUGCAAGGAGAACAACGUUGAAAAGGGAUGAGCACCAAGAUGAUUGCACACAGCAGGCAGACUCGGAGGAGGAAGAUGAAGUAUUUGAUUCUAGUAGAGAAAGUGUUGACCAGUAUUGUGUUCAUGCCCGGGAGAAGCUCACCUACAGUAUUCGCCUCCAGUGGAGAAGACUCAAGAGCCACGUGGAGAGAUUAGACAGUCAAGCGUCUUUGGCUCAGAUUGGUGACAUUAGCACUGACACCGUUUCCCGGGAGACACACGAGGAGGAGAUGGAAAGAUUGAAGGAGGAGAUUCAGCAGUGCAAAGACUUUAUUCACACACAACAGCAGCUCCUGCAUCAGCAGCUGAGCUCUCCGUGUGAUGAGGAGACUGCAUCCCUGCUGAGCAACUGCUACAUGCUGCAGGAGAAAGAGCGCCUCAGAGAGGAGUGGGAUACCCUCGAGGAUCAGAGGAAGAUAUUUGAGAGGGAGAGGAGAAACUUCACUGAAGCAGCCAUAAGACUAAGUCAUGAGAGGAAGGCCUUCGAGGAUGACAGAGCAAUGUGGCUCAAACACCAGUUUUUAAACAUGAGUCCAUUUUCUGACUCAAAGAAACCCCAGAUGUCAAAAUCUACAAGUGCCUAUUUACUUUCUGAAACGAGGGCGAGUGCAGCGUCGACUCAAAGGAAGCUCAUCAAAUGCCCGUCUGAAACAUCAUCCUCCUCACCAAGAUUCACCCCGCACAAAUCAAAAUCCACGGCUGACCUGUAUCACACACUCUGCCUUAUCCCAGAGAACAGUUCAACCAAACCAAAGAGAAAGACUGAAAGCUUCUUUGAGUCGAGCAUCUCACUGAAUGGAAACGUUUCGGCUCAGCACAAAAAGCGACUUGACAGCGACGACUAGAGCAGCCUCACACUCACAAAGGAAAAGACCAGCUUAGUAUGAAGCAAAAACCUGCAUCUUUUAAAUCAGAAUUAUUUUUAACGUCCAUGAGUUACAGAGUAUUGGUGGUUUUGCAGAAACCCACCUGAAUUGUGAAUGCCAAACACCUGAAGACAAACUGCAAAAUUAUUAAAAAGCUGUUGCAAGUGGAAGCCAAGUUUGAGCCCCAGUUCUGCUGCUUUGUUGAUAUCUCAGUGUGACUGAGUUAAAAUGUGUUCACUGUACUGUCCUAUUUUAAGAUAACGUGUUAACAUGUAUUUAUUUAUUCAUUUGGUACUGUAUAUCCUAUUUUGUUAGUCAUAUCAUAUAUCAAAGACUAGUAACUUUUGGCUAGCAGGCGUGCUCAGAAAGAUCAUGUGACCUGAUAGUGACCUGUUUCAUGGGCCUUGUAAUGGUAGCUGUUGCAGUUAGCCUGCCUAUAAUUGACUGCAUAUACAUACCACUGCUUUUCAACCUCUGUUAUCAUGUUAAACUAGCACACUGUUCUAGAUAGUACAUUUAAUGCUGCUUUUAAUUGAAUGCAAUAAGAAACUUAAAGAUGUUCUGUGUUUGUAUAGUUUGAUAUAGAGAUGUAUAGAAAACGUUAUUUUCUUAGUAACUGGCUCAGUUAUGUUAGAGGGUGAUGUAUGAUGUUGCAGUCAUAUAGGAGGGAUUAGAAGUUAACGACGAAUGUGAAGUAGACCACUGAUGUCAUGAUUGUUACUGUCUCUCACCAUUUUAAGUGAUUUUAGUUGCUGUACGUUUACAGAUGUGGUUAAUUCAUUCCAGAAGAAUGGGACAUGACGGUUUUAAGACAAUCUGAAAUUCUUGCAACAUUCAUUGAACAGAUAUUUGACUCUUA